GGUCAAAACUGAUGCAUGUUUAGAACUGUGGUUUAGAAUAUUUGAGAAUACAGAGGAGAAUGUUUAUUUAAUUUAGAAUUAUUUACUUAUCACAAAUUGUUUAAAAAUGCCCUGUUCGAAAUGUAAGUCCGAUUUUACAUUAUUUAACUGGAAAAUAAGAUGUGGUGAAUGUGAAGCCAAAUAUUGCAAUAAAUGUUUAAGAAGAAAAGAUGGAAUUUUAUACUGUGAGGUAUGUUUAAUUUUAAUCAAAAGGCCUCCGGAUAGAAUGAAAUUAAUGGAAUUGAAAGUAAAAGAACUUAGAGAUUAUCUUAACAAAAAUGAUAUUUCUACAUAUGGAUUAGUAGAAAAGAAUGAAUUGGUUGAUUUAUUUUGUAAUAAACAUAUACCUGAAAAACAAAGGAAAGGAGUUGAUAAAUUAACUGCAAAUUUUGGAGAUCCAUUAAAACCCAUUAAUGGGUUCUUAAACAAUUUGGAGGCUGUUAUAACAGAACAACGGCCAACUCCUAGGCAGUCGAGAACAUCACAGCCACCAAGACCAUCCCAAACAAGUUCGCAAAGAAUUCCAGAUGUAUCACCACCGCAAUUUGGGGCAGCAGCUGGUCCCUCUGCUCCACCAUUUGAAGAACCAACAACUUCACAAGAGUUUUAUAUGCCAACAGCCAGUGAACCUCCAGUAAACGUAGAGCAAACACCUGGUUCUAGUCCGCUACCAAUAAGGCGUCCCAAAUUAGAGGAUUUUGAUAGUUCACAGGAUUUGCAGCAAUUAUCUUCAAAGGAAUUAAAAAUAUUACUUACAAUUUAUAGGGUGGAUUAUAGAGGUUGUAUUGAAAAAUAUGAAUUGCUGGAAAAGGCUCAAAUGCUCUGGGAAGAUAAUAAUCAACAUAAAGAUCUUCCUGAGGAUGUGCCAGUUCAAGAGCUGUGUAAACUAUGUAUGGAUGCUCCUUUAGACUGUGUCUUAUUAGAAUGUGGGCAUAUUACUUCUUGCAUCGAAUGUGGAAAGAAACUAGCAGAAUGUCCAAUAUGUAGACAGUACGUUGUUCGCGUGGUUCGAACGUUUAAAGCCUAAAAGGUGUUUUUCUUCAAAAUUUUAGAAGUUAAAUAGAUGUGAUUUAAAAGACUCUGGUGAUGUUAAAGUUUAUCUAAAAUUUAUAGAUGUUACAUGUUUCCUAAUAAUUUAUAGGAUAAUUCUUUUUUAUAUUCAAGGAAUAUUUGCAGUUAUUAUUGAUAAGUUUGUCUAUAUUUAAAAUGUUUGUGUUAUUUAUAUUAUUAAGUUUAAGUAUUAAAUAAUUCAAGAAUCUA